CUACAGUUGCUCGCUGACAGCAAAUCGAGUAAAGUUCAUCUUUUUGUGUGUUAUUUCGUGUUUUAUGUCGUAUACCAGAUUGAAUUGACUGAGUAUCAGAUUAAAAACAGCAAACAUUUUAUAUUCGUUUCUUUGUUUACAAACGAUGAAAGCCAAAGUAAUAUUAAUAAAGUAUAAACAUUUUUCGAAUUAAAUCAGUUCCGUGAUUUGUUCAUUUCCGAAACCACAAUUUUUAAUUAAUUUGUGUGAGUUAAUAGUUUAAAGUAAAAAUUUGUGUUCGAAAAUAAGUGAAGGGCGUAGAAUUGUCAACGGUAUAGAGUAUUUUGUUCGAUUAAGAAAAAAAAGAGAAAAUUACACAUCAUGAGUGUAAUUAGAUUGCAACUUUGUCAUUGUGUAUUAAAUUUGUUAAUGUUAAGUGUAAUUGUAAGCGUUGUGGAACUAACACCACUUUGUGGUCAAAUCGAUGGAUCAUCGCAACCAGAUAGUGAUAAAAUUUAUUUUAAAGAUAGAAGUCAGAGAAUUCGAACGAUUGCAAUAAAUGGCAAAGUAUAUGCAUGUUACCCAGACGGUACUAUGGUAGAUACAACAUCAUCCGGUGAAAACAGCAAUGAACGACUUAGUGAACAUGAAAUUCGUGAGAGAAUACGUGAAGUCUUUCAAUCUUCAAAUUUAAUAGACGAAACCAAUUCAACAAUGAAUCAUCACGGAACAUACAUGGCGAACGUUAGCCGUUGCGCCGACAGUAACCUAUCGUAUUGUACAAACGACACCAGCUAUCCAAUGGACAUCAUUGAGAAAUUAUUGCGAAAACAAUUGCAUAAAUAUGCCGAUGCAUUUGGCAGCGAUAUGAUAUCGACGAAUAUAUCCACCCGCUAUGGUGGUGCUGAUGAAAUUACACUGUGCGAUUAUUAUGAAGAAGUAAUUUAUCCGAAAAGUGGACGGAACCAAAAAGGCGUUGAUAUGUUCAUCAUCAAUACCAACGACCAUAAACAAGGUGUACGCGUUUCAAAGUGUGUAAAUAAUGGACAAACGUGUAGAAUGAGCGAAAAUUUCCCAAAUGGUUACCGCACCGAAUGCAAACAACAUUUUGUUUAUCGUGAAUUACUCACGCUGGCGCCCGAUCAAACAAUCACAAGAGAUAAAUUCGAAUUUCCGGCUUGUUGCUCAUGUGCCGUGUACAGAGAUGAUAAUUUCUGAAUGAUAUCAAACUUAAACAAUAUUCAAUUAGUGACAAACAAGUUAGUUUUUUGUUGUUGUCCUGAGUGAUUCUUCAUUCAGAAUGAAGCCAAAUUUAUUCAAUUACAAUAUAAUGCAAAAUUUAAAAAGAAACAUGGUAAAUGACAAAAGACUUUUUCCAGAAUAGAAUUUGUUUAGAUUUUUUUUCCAUUUUUAACUUAUUUCGUCUCGAUAGAGCCAAAAUUUGGAUUCAAAAGUAUGUAGCAUCGACGUGUUCCUGAAGUGAAUUUUGCGUGUAAAUAAUCUCUAUACGACUAUUUAAAUUAUAUUUAAAUUGUAAACACGUUUUUUUUUUGGUCCCAGAAACGACGAUAAAUACUAGAAUAAUUCAUUAGAAUGUGUGUGCUAUUUUCGUUUCAAAUACGUAUUAAGUCAAUGUAUAAUGUAUUCGAUUUACUGAACGAUUUUUCAUUUGCUUGUGUUUCAGUAUUGAUUGACCAAUUUUAAUAUUCAACAUUGCCGUGCUAAUGUGUUGGGACAAAAAAAACGUGCAUAUAGUUUAUGAGAUCAUUUAGCUGUUACACUUAUUUGCAUACGUUGCAUAGAAAUAAUCUAGACAUAUAGGUUACCUUAAUUGAUGUUAUAUCGUUAUUUUAAUGGAAAUUUAUGAAUAAACAUAAAAUAAAAAGCGCAAAA